AUGUCAAAAAAUUUCAUCAGUGAAAAAAACGCCAAAAGAACUCCACUUUUUGUGUGGAAUUCGCGGAACGAAAAAGGAUAGGCAAAAAUUAUUUAAUCCGUUUCGCCUAUCUGAUAGCCCGAAAAGUUGCCCUCUUACAACGGUUCUGUUCGCGAAAAUACGAGGUAUUCGUCCCGCAAGAAGUUGAGAGUAGUUUGGUAUAAAUAGUGUCUCCGGGAAAGUGUCUAUUUUGGUACGCACAAAGGAGAGACGAAAAGUGGGAAAAAACGAAAAUGGCUCGCUCAGCAAGUCCGGGAGGAUAUUCCAACUACGAGGACGAUUCGCUGUUCCAGAAUGCAGUUUUCACGCACGACAUCAGCGAACAGAUGCGCGUUCCGAAGCGGAUUCGUGCCACCGGGGAUUACUUUGACGAGCAUGAGCUUCUGUCCAAUGGCAAUGGGGAAAUCAAUUCCUGGAACUAUCACGACAAGAUCGAAAUGAAUGUCCCGGACAGGAUUGUGGUCCUCGGACAGGAUCAGCAUCUGGUUCUUACGUCAGGCACCAAAUCGGCACCCCGCGAGAUAAUGCUGGAGAACUCGAUUCUGCCGAAAGAUCCGGGCUUUGUGCGCGUUUCGACGCCCCCGAGGGUAAUUUCGCUAGCGGAACAUCACUUCCCCUCGGCGACGGAUCUUCCGCGGGAAGCGGGUGAAGGCAAAGAGAUGAACGACCAACACUAUGACGACUACGAGCCACGCUCGCUGGAUUCGAUCGAGGAUAUCAACAGCAGCAUGAACGUAGGAAAUCGGCAGCGUUUCAGCCAGGGAAACCGAGGAGCCACGGGAGGAGAGCUUCAGAAGAGGGCAACAUUUUCCAAACACAGUUCCGAGCUAGUCGUCGGAAGGAGCUUCCGAGAGGAGACACCAACGUUCGGAGGAAGUGUCGAAAAUCUAACACCGGCCGAAGAGAUGACCAAUCUGCGCCGCCAGGUGGCCAAAAUGAACCGAAGAUUGUUGUCCAUCGAGUUGGACAACAUGCAGCGGCAGCAGCGCGAAAAGAUUAUGUAUUGCGUUGGGUUGGCUUACCUGCUGUUGAAAACCUUCAUGUGGCUUAGUCGAAAGUAGAGAGAUGCUAAACUAUGUUCGUUCUCCCCAAAGAGCUGUUUCCCGAAGGCGAUCCUGAGGGAAACGAAAGAUGUGCAGUUAGGAACCAGAAUUGAACAAAAAUGGACUAAACAAACUUUUCAAAUGAAAGUAGUUGUAAUAAUAAGGAAACCGCACGGAUAAAAAGCACAUCUUGAAACAUUUUCCCUAUAAGUGUAUGAGAGCCACUCGAAGAGUGAGGGAAGCAUAACUUAACAACGUAUUUCAAUAGUCAAUGACGGUACAAUGUGGAUUACCAUAUGUAGGAGAUGAGCAUUCGCUUCAGAAAUUUUCAAAUAACUAAAAGCCAUUCGAAUUUCAUUCUGGCGGCAACGACAUUUUCUAUUAGACUGGUAUUCAUACUAUUUUUUAUAAUUUCUAUUCUUUCCAAUUCUAGCGUAGCAUUAAAGAAAAACUUUUAGUGUUUAGAGAAUCUAACAAUAUUUCAUUGAAGUAAAGUUGUUUUAUCGGAGAUUUCUGUUCGAGUGAAAGCUGGCUUUGUUUUAUUGGAAUGCUUUGAAAAGAAAAAAAACCUGAAG